CAUAUAUUGAUUUCCAAGCUAAAGACUUAUGUUCUGUCAGGGAGUUUUGCAAGAUGGAAGAGAUAUUGCUGUAAAGAGGCUUUUCUUUAACAAUAAACAUAGAGCAGCAGAUUUCUAUAAUGAAGUCAAUAUUAUUAGCAGUAUUGAGCACAAAAAUCUAGUUAGGUUGUUGGGAUGCAGUUGUUCGGGACCUGAAAGUCUUCUUGUGUAUGAAUUUUUACCAAACAAGAGUCUUGAUAGGUUUAUCUAUGAUCCAAGAAGAGGGAAAGAACUAAAUUGGGAGAAGAGAUUUCAGAUUAUUAAAGGGACUGCAGAAGGUUUGGUCUACCUUCAUGAAAACACGAAAACCGGAAUCAUUCACAGAGACAUAAAAGCGAGUAAUAUCCUUCUGGACUUCAAAUUUCGUGCUAAAAUUGCUGAUUUUGGGUUGGCCAGGUGUUUCCAAGAAGAUAAAAGUCAUAUUAGCACAGCCAUAGCAGGAACAUUAGGAUAUAUGGCUCCAGAGUACAUAGCCCGUGGCCAGUUAACAGAAAAGGCAGAUGUGUAUAGUUUUGGAGUACUUCUUCUUGAAAUUGUCACAGGGAGACAAAAUAACAUGAGCAGAGAAUCUGAGUACUCAGUCAGCUUGUUAACUACUGCGUGGAAUCAUUUUCAGGAAAACAAAGUAGACAGUCUGUUCGACCCAAACUUGAUGCUGCAUAACUGUCAUAACAUGGAUGUUCAAAAGGAGAUUCUAAGGGUUGUUCAUGUCGGACUCUUGUGCACUCAAGAGAUCUCGUCUCUUAGACCAUCCAUGUCUAAAGUCCUAGAGAUGGUGGUAAAGAAAGAAGAGCAACUCCCCGAGCCAACUAAUCCCCCUUACUUAUACGAGUCCAUGGAACUUAAUGAUCCAUGCGAAGAACAAUUUUCACCAGUCGAUUAUGGAAAGCCUUCAUCAAUCACUAACAUUUCCCAUAGUAUUUUCUAUCCCAGAUGACAUUAAUAUAGAUACUAUUCCGAGAAUAUGCAGACUACUAAAAGCUUUGAGUAGUAGGCUUCUAUCUAUGUAAAUACUGGAACUUAUCUUAUUCUGUAUAUUCUCUCCUGUUACUACCGUCUAAAAGUUACAAUUUGGCUUUCUGUAAUUAAGAUAAGUCUGUCUGCAACUAUCUUUGAAUCAACUCAAAGAUUGCUAUUGUGAUGAUUUCAAGAGGUAAAAAGCAAGAUAUCUGCUUGGAAAAAUAGAUUGAUAGAGAAUGUCUGGUUAAAAAAUAAGCAAAAGUUUUAGA